GGAGCGGGGUGGGGCCAGCCCUGGGAAGCGCAGCUGGGCAGAGGGCGGGCUGAGUGUGCGGAGCCGGGGAGCAGCUGGCUGGGGGCGCCGGCUGCCUUCCAUAAAGUGAAUGGCCGCAGUGAAUAGGAGUCAGUCGGCGGGGAUCGGCCUCCUGCUCCCUCUCCAUGUGGCGCAGGCGAGCAGAGAGGCACAGAGCGGCCGGGGAACCAGGGGGACUUACUUUGUGACGGGAGCCCAGGAGCCCGGGCGCAGGGGUGGGGGCAGACAUCUCUCCCGCGCCCAGGAUUAAGGCCGCCCGGCAGAGCCGGCAUCAAGACUUGCUGUUGUUUAACUUCAUGUAUUCAGUACUGUAGAACGCUUUGUGGACAGAGUGCGUUUUAUACCUUCCCUGCAAGACCCUGAUCCAACAAACUACUCCAUGCAAGCAGACCCUCACAUAAAUGAGUCUUCACAUAAACACAAGUAUUUGCUUGCAGCACUGGGGCUACGAUUCCUCCUCCUCCUACAUCACCAUCCCUCAUUUCUACAAAAUGGAUUUCAACCUGCUGACGGACUCAGAGGCUCGCAGCCCAGCUCUGUCCCUCUCCGAUUCUGGGACACCCCAACAUGAACACAGCUGCAAGGGGCAAGACCACAGUGACACAGAGAAGUCCCAGCAGAACCAGACUGAUGACUCCAACCCUGAGGAUGGCUCCUUGAAGAAGAAACAGCGAAGGCAGAGGACUCACUUUACCAGCCAGCAGCUCCAAGAACUGGAAGCCACCUUCCAGCGCAACCGCUACCCGGACAUGAGCACCAGGGAGGAGAUAGCAGUCUGGACCAAUCUGACUGAGGCACGAGUCCGGGUCUGGUUUAAGAACCGCAGAGCCAAAUGGAGGAAACGAGAAAGGAACCAGCAGGCAGAACUUUGCAAGAACAGUUUUGGAGCCCAGUUCAAUGGACUGAUGCAGCCUUAUGAUGACAUGUAUUCUAGCUACUCAUAUAACAACUGGGCUACCAAGGGGCUUGCCACCAGUCCCUUGUCAGCCAAGAGCUUCCCCUUCUUCAACUCCAUGAAUGUCAGCCCCCUUUCCUCCCAGCCUAUGUUCUCCCCACCCAGUUCCAUUGCCUCCAUGACCAUGCCUUCCUCCAUGGUCCCCUCAGCAGUGACUGGAGUACCUGGCUCCAGCCUCAACAACUUGGGAAACAUCAACAACCUCAACAGCCCAAGCCUCAACUCUGCUGUUUCAUCCAGUGCCUGUCCUUAUGCCUCUACUGCCAGCCCCUACAUGUACAGGGACACAUGCAACUCCAGCCUGGCCAGCUUGAGGCUGAAGGCCAAGCAGCAUGCUAACUUCACUUACCCAGCAGUGCAGACGGCAGCUUCCAACUUGAGCCCUUGCCAAUAUGCUGUGGACAGGCCUGUAUGAAGGACUGCCCUCUCUGCCCAUCGGGGACUUGACCUAAGCCUGACAAAAGGAGACCGUUUGCCCUAAAAAAUGGGGUAUGUCAUGCAGGAGAGAGACAGGCAGACAGACCUCUAUGAAGACUUGUCUAACUAUCGUAUGGUGAAUUUUGACCGUCUUUCCCCCCCCGGUAAAACAACCAAAACUGUCCAUUGGAAACAUAGAAACCUAUGACAUGCAGUUUUCCUAACUCCUGGGCAGCAGGACUGAGCACAUUUCAAGCUAACCCCCAAGAUCUGACACAGUUCUUCACUCCCUUCCCUUGGAUCAAAAAUUCCUCUUUAAAGCAUAGGCAACCAGAUGGUACAGCUCCAGGAGGCAGCCGGGGACUGAGGCAAAAUAGCACAGCCACUCAGUGCUUGGUUGACCACACAAAUGUGUGAGAGCUGUCUGAUGUCAUAUAACGGCAUCUUUCCCACUUAUUUAUCAUGUGGCCAAUCCUGCACCCGGCAAGGAAGGCACUUGCUCAGUCAGCAUACAUUUUUAUACUACAAAUAUAUGCAUGGCCAUUACAACUUGAAGCCCUUAGGGACUGGGAGUUGUAGGGAAUGUAGACUGUGUGUGUGUUUAUAUAUAUUUAUAUAUAUAUAUAUAUAUAUAAACACACACACACACACACACACACACAAAUAUAUAUAUAUAUAAAAUAUACUUUUUUGUUUUAUACAUGGAACAAUCUCUGAAGUAGACCUUAAGGAUGAAAACCCAAGCAUGUUCACCAAGGCAGAGCGUUCUGCCUGCCAUGCUUUAGCGCAUAAGUCAUUUCCAGUCUGAUAGGAAUUCCUUUGCCAAUGUACAUCCAAAGAAUUCCCCCUUCCCUUUCCCCCCGGCCCUUUUGCAACAAACCAACCCCCCUCUUGCACACCUUCCCCUCCUGCAAUUCCACUUUGGAAAGAAAAUAAAAUGAAAGUUGGAGCAAUCCCUUUCAGGA